GGACGGUACGGCAGUGUUUCGCGAUCACCCUCCCCUCUGGCCAAGUGAAUUUUAAAGUACUUUUCCAGUUUUAAACUGCAGUAAAUCAAUUCGAGUCUCAAUAAAAAUUUUCAAGGUGCACUUUAAGCUGUUUUAAAGUGUACUUUUAAUAGUUUCUCCUUGUAUUUUCGAUAAUUACGAUUCUACAUUCGCCGGCGCUUUGGUGCCAACAAGUUGGUGUCCCUAAGUUGGUGAACGCCAGCGAGAAGUUGUCGACCGUAUUUCGGUCGAUUUUUGUUGCGAACGCAGAAGAAGAGAAGAGGAGAAAGGAAGAUGCAGCGCGUUGCGAAGCAGCUGUACCCCGUCAUCGCCAACUCAACCCGCACCUACUCCCCCAUCACUCUCUGCCGCGAAUGGUCCACUCUUGGCCGCCUUGUCCUCAUCGUAUUCUGCGCUUGCUUUGCCUCAACGAUCAACGGUUUCUUCGUCUCGGCCUUCUUUGUGGAGCACUCUUUAAAAAGGAUUGUGCCCUCUGCAUCAGGUAACGUGUUCCACGCGUGUGUUGGUAUAGCUGACUUAUUUAUAACAGCCGGGGUGUUACCUAUAGCAGCUGUAGUUUUGCUCUCUGGCGUGUGGGACACUAUAUCAGUCUGUCAAGGGUUACAAUUCCUAACCGAGGCUUCUACGUACUGCUACUCCAUCUUCUUCUUUCUGGUCGCGGCUGAGUGUUACGUCCGCAUCUGUCACCCUCCAUCUGCGUACGAAAUCUUCAUAAACAUGCGUGUCGGCUUGGUCUCCACUUUGGUGUUUGUCGUUGGCAUGACUGUAGCUGCCGUCGGGACCUUCUUCGGCCUCGAUUACGACUACUGCGAACGCUCACACCACGGCAAUUACACCUACAGACUCAGUACCAGCAUCAUAUUCCAUGGCAUUCCGUUCAUUCUCACUUCUUACACCCUCAUCGCUUCAUCUAUCCGCAUAAACCAGCACUCCCGACUCCAAGCCGCUUACAAGCGCUCCUUGCAAUAUAAUAGGGAUCUCUCGUUGAUUAAGAUUAACAUAUUGGCGUAUUUCAUGUACGUUAUCGCUUGGACACCAUUUCUUGUAAUCCUCUACCGGUACCCAAAUAUUGCUGACAAUCACUUCUACCAGUCCGCUUGGGCAGGUAUUAGUCGCUCUUUAUUCACAAGUUUGAUGUAUGGAUUUUUGAACGCAAGCUUUGGUCGUGCUUAUGCUAAUUUGUUUUAUUAUUGCUGCUGCAAGAGUUCUUUGAAUGGGACAUACCACUCCCGUCACAGGAGGACUGAAUACAGGCCUACGACUGACGUGAGAGUGCACAUCAUGCACCAGGCCAUGAGUGUGAACAGUCCACAACGAGGGGCCUCCACCUCUCGGGACACUCAGGAAUUAUAAUUGCAGCGUAUUUCACAACUCUAAAUUAUUUAUUCACCCUAUCUGUGAUAUUUUUUGAACUUUGCCAUUUUGUAGUGUUUUCUAACACGGAGAGAGAUUUAAGAUCGCGGAUUUUCCUUAUAACUAAUCCUACAACGCGUCGAGAAGAAAUUAGAAACCAUGAAUAUCUACCAAAAAUCGACUCCUGCAAUCACUGAAUAUCUUUUUCCAAAAUUUGCUACCUAUUUAUCUAUCACUUAUCAACCUUUGAACUUACCUAUCGAAUUUACUCUGGU